AUGAGUUUAAAAACUAGUGAAGAAUCUAUUGAUGAUAUUCAAUCAUCCGAUGAUAAUUUGAAAAAUUUGACGGAAAUUUGUGUUAAUGAAGAAAAAAUAUUUAAAAACAAUGUAGAAGUAAUUAAUACAUUAAAGGAUGUUAACGAAAUUGAUAAGGAUAAUUUUUUUGCAAAUGAUGAAGAUACAUUAAAGGAUGUUAAUGAAAUUAAUAAGGAUAAUUCAUUAGCAAAUAAUAAAGAAGAUACAUUAACGGAAAAUAAAGAAAUUAAUAAGGAUAAUAUUUUAACAAAUGAUGAAGAAGAAGGUACAUUAAAGGAUGCUAAUGAAAUUAUUGAAGAUAAUUUAUUGUCAAAUGAUGAUAAAAAGGAUAUAUCAAAAGAUGCUAAUGAAACUGAUAAAGGGAAUUCAUUAGUAAAUGUAGAUGAAAAAGAUACAUUAAAGGAUACUAACGUGAUUGAUAAACCGAAGCAAAGAAUUUUAGUUUGUGUUGGAGUACCUGGGUCUGGUAAAUCAACUUUUUCUAAAAAAUUAUGUCAAAUUGAUCAUAUUUGGUUUAGAGUAAAUCAAGAUGAUUUAGGAAGUCGAAAAGCAUGUGAAGAGAUUUUAAAAGCACAACUUAAAAAGGGAAAAAAUGUAAUAGUAGAUAGAUGUAACUUUGACAAAGAUCAACGUAAGACAUGGAUAAAUAUAGCGUAUCAUCAUAAAUUGUCAAUAGAUGCGAUAAUUUUGGAUACACCAUUUGAAAUUUGUGAAAAACGUAUAUUAAACAGAGAAGAACAUCCUACUCAAGUACAUGGUAGUAAAGGUUUAAAUAUUUUAGAAACCUUUAAACAAAUGUAUAAGUUACCUAACUAUAAUGAAGGUUUUGAAAGAAUUUUAAAUGUUAAACCACAAGAAAUUAAUGAUUGUAAUGAAGAUGAUAUUAAAAAUGUUAUGAGAAAACUUGAUGAGAUUCCUAAAAGUGUUUUUAGGCAAGGUGAAAGAGAAAGAGGAGAACGUGGAAAAAGAAGACCAUAUAGGGGAAGAGGAGGGGAAAGUUAUGGAAGAGCAAGUGGUGAAAACUAUCAAGGAAGAAAUUUUGGUGGUAGUGGUGAUGGUAAUAGUGGUAGUGGUUAUAGAGGAAAUGCUUGGGUAAAUAGAGGAAGAGGGGGAAAUCGUGGAAGUGGACGUGGCGGAAACUACCAAAGAGGAAAUCAUGGUGAUAUCGAUGAUAGAGGAGAUACUUGGGGAAAUAGAGGAAGAGGGGGAAAUCGUGGAAGUGGACGCGGCGGAAACUAUCAAAGAGGAAAUCAUGGUGAUAACGAUGAUAGAGGAGAUACUUGGGGAAAUAGAGGAAAAGAUAAUAAUAAUAAUUCAAAAAAUGUUCCAAAUCCUCAUUAUAAUUCAAAUUUUCCUCCACUUGGCAAAAAAUAA